AAGCCCCUGCGCCCUCCUCCAUUUCUCUGCGCACAGGAGGGGAGGAACCGUGCGCCCUCGGCAAAGAUGGUGGAUAAAAAGAAAGAUCGUGUACUCGAUCACCUUCACUUUUUGCAAUCCAGCGGCACGAUGUAGCUCCUUAAAACAAGACAGCGCUGGGUUUUUUAUUUCAUUCUCAACUAGUCGAGUCCAAGUAGAAGCUUUCUGAACAGUAACAGGAAAAAAGGUAAGCAGGGCUCAAAUUUGAUGAAAUAAUACCCUGGAACUGAUGCAUGGUAACGUUGCGUUAUCGACUAUCUUUGCCCUCGGCAGACAGUCAAGCGCUAAAGACGCACGGCUCAUCCGCUCGCCUCCCCAUUGACGUCAGUCCGGUAUCACAUGAACGAGCAGGGACCAAUCGGCGCGGCGCUGUCGGAGAGUGCUGGCUCCUUUACACCAAGAUAGGGGGAAAAGACUGAAAAAAGGAAACCGUGCCAAUGAACCUCUAAUGACCAAAAGCAAAUCCCACGGAGAAACAUCAGCCGCCGCCAUUGGAUAUUUUGGUGAUUUUCUAUUUCUUUCCGUGCGCCCCUCGCUGUGGAUUAUGCUGUUUGGCACCGGGCUGGACGGAAUGGAUAAGGCCAUGGCCCUAACGUAUUGAAUAGCUCGCUGGUGGUGGUGGUGGCGGCGGCGGCGGCGGCGGUGGUGGUGGUGAAAGGGAGAAGGCGAGACGAGACGCGCACCGUGGAGACAAUUCAUGGGGCAUUGUGCGGGGAGAAAAAUGCUGGAUUAUUUGCCUUGUGUUAGAAAUAAGAUCCCGCGUCCCCCUUCGGAUAACCAGCCAUCUGAGACUGUUUAAUGGCGCUUCUGCGCUCGGACUGUAAUUGAGGUCGUGUAUAGCGGCAGACCGGGUCUCCCCCCUGUCCAGCCCAGCUCAGCUCUCUGCCAUCGACCUGAUCCAUUUCUGUUUUGUAUUAUUUUAUUAUCAUUUUUUUUUUCAUACAUGUAGGCUCCGGAUUCUUCUAACCUUGUGACGCGUUUACCCCCCUUCCCCCUCCUCAGGCUACCUUUCGGAAACAAUAAACUGUUGGAUUAUUGAACUAUGGAUUUCGGCGGCGGCGGCGGCGGGGGAAACGAGCUGCACAACAACCAGUUUUAUCCGUGCGAGGAGAGCAAGCCUCUGCUGGGGGAGAUGUCGGAGGGGAAUAACAACACCAAGCUGGGCGCAGGGCCGUGCAAGAGGUCCCUGCUCCACUGCAGCAGCGGGAUGCGCUACAAGCUGCUCCAGGAGGGGGACAUCCAGGUGUGCGUGGUCAAACAUCCCCGCACCUUCCUCAGCAAAAUCCUCACCUCCAAGUUCCUGCGGAGAUGGGAGCCGCACCAUCUCACCCUGACGGACAGCAGCCUGGCCUCGGCCACGCCCACUGGUUACAUGGAGACGUCAUUGUCCUACAGCACCAUAGAGGACCUGCAGCUCCUUUCAUGGGACAAUGCUCCUAAAUACUGUGUCCAGCUCAGCUUCCCCGGUGGUACCGUCCUGCUGCAGGCUGCGAACAGCUACCUAAGGGACCAGUGGUUUCACUCGCUGCAGUGGAAGAAAAAGAUCUAUAAGUACCGAAAGGUCCUGAACAACCCGAGCCGCUGGGACGUGGUGCUGAAGGAGAUCCGGGCGCUGGUUGACAUGGCUCUGACCUCGCCGCUACAGGACGAGUCCAUCCACCAGGCUCCGCUGCACAUCAUCUCCACGCUGCUGGCUGAGAACACCAACCUCAGCACUCAGGACCAUGAGAACAUCAUUGUGGCCAUCGCUCCUCUCUUGGAAAACAACCACCCACCACCGGACCUGUGUGAGUUCUUCUGCAAGCACUGUCGGGAGCGGCCGCGGUCGAUGGUGGUGAUUGAAGUGUUCACUCCUGUGGUCCAGAGAAUCCUCAAACAUAACAUGGACUUUGGCAAGUGCCCUCGACUGCGUCUCUUCACUCAGGAGUACAUCCUGGCCCUCAACGAGCUCAAUGCUGGGAUGGAGGUUGUCAAGAAGUUCAUCCACAGCAUGCACGGCCCAACAGGGCAGUGCCCGCACCCCCGUGUCCUACCCAACCUAGUGGCAGUGUGUCUCGCCGCCAUUUACUCCUGUUAUGAGGAGUUCAUCAACAGUCGGGACAAUUCCCCCAGCCUGAAGGAGAUCCGAAAUGGCUGCCAGCAGCAGAACGACCGCAAGCCCCCAAUGCCACUCCGCCUGCUGCGCCCCGAACCCCCGACCCCGCCUCCCGCCACCCUGCUGCCUCUCUCUGCCAACCCCAGUCCUCCUCAGCCGCCAACCCCCGCCUCGCCCAGUCCCGCCCCGUCCAUCCCCAUCUCCUCUCCCACACCCUCCCUGCCCCUUUCUCCCCCUCCCUCCAUCGUCAACUCCAGCGAGAUCCUGGUGGAGCUGGAGCGCAACAACAACUCAGCCAACGCCAAGCGGAAGGCCGGCCCAGCGGGGGGCGACAGCGAGCCCAACCUGAUCGACUGCCUGCUGGUCAGCCCGGCGCUCAACGCUCUGUCCAUCCAGCUGCCGGCGCAGGCCGACCGGGUGCUGGGCUGCUUCGCCCUCAUCCUCAAGAUGCUGUCUGAUUAUGAUGACUGGAGACCCGCUUUGGCCAGCCUAUUGCAGCCAAUCCCCUUCCCCAAAGAGGCCCUUGCACAUGCCAAAUUCACAAAGGAACUGAAGUAUGUCAUUCAGAGGUUUGCGGAGGACCCGAGGCAGGAGGUCCAUUCCUGCCUACUCAGCGUGCGUUCGGGUAAAGAUGGCUGGUUCCAGCUGUAUAGUCCCGGAGGUGUUGCUUGCGAUGACGAUGGAGAGUUAUUUGCCAGUAUGGUUCAUAUCCUGAUGGGGUCCUGCUAUAAGACCAAGAAGUUCCUCCUCUCUCUAGCUGAGAACAAGCUGGGACCCUGCAUGCUGCUGGCCCUACGUGGAAACCAGACCAUGGUGGAGAUCCUGUGCCUGAUGCUGGAGUACAACAUCAUAGAGAACAAGGACACUCAGCUGCAGAUCAUCUCCACCCUGGAGAGCACCCAGGUGGGCCUGCGGAUGUAUGAACAGCUCUGUGACCGACAGAGAGAGCUCAAAGAACUGCAAAGAAAAGGAGGCCCCACCCGCUUGACGCUUCCCUCAAAGUCCACGGAUGCGGACCUGGCCCGCCUGUUGAGUUCAGGUUCCUUCGGGAACUUGGAGAACCUCAGCUUGGCCUUCACCAACGUCACCAGUGCCUGUGCCGAGCAGCUCAUCAAGCUGCCAUCGCUCAAACAGCUCAACCUGUGGUCCACUCAGUUUGGGGACGCGGGGCUGCGGUUGCUGUCGGAGCAUCUGGCCUGUCUUCAGGUGUUGAACCUGUGUGAGACUCCGGUCACUGACGCUGGCCUGCUGGCCCUCAGCUCCAUGAAGAGCCUGUGCAGUCUGAACAUGAACAGCACCAAGCUGACGGCCGACACGUAUGAGGACCUCAAGGCCAAACUGCCCAAUCUGAAGGAUGUCGACGUGCGGUACACAGAGGCCUGGUGAUCGAUCACGCUCGCACACAUUCACAUGUAAACUACACACACGUCCAUACAUGCCCCCACAUGCACAUGCAUACCCCCUCGGGAUACACUCACACACACUCGUGUGGUGAUGCCAUCGUCGUCAUCAUCAGACCAGGAACUCUGACAUCGUCCAAGCGUGAGGGUCCCCUCGCUCAAGCCGAACACGUCGCCUCGAACACGGUUACAUCGGACGGGGAGCCUCCACCGGCCUCGGACGUCAUCAUCAGCCGCGACAGGAAGGAACUCUUAGCGGCAAGCGUCACUUUUUUUCUAGACGAGAGCUCUUUACGGACCUUCUUCCUCCUCUUCUGUCUUCGGUAUUCCAAGGACCUUGUUUUUAGCGAAUGUCAUCCGAGGACAUGCAAGGACCCGCAAUCUUACGGCAUAAGGGACCCUUUCUAACCCAUCCCUUUCUUUACCUGCGUCUUUCUCCCUCACCCUGUCUUUCAUACGGUUGCUCAGUUUUCAUAUAGGAUUUAAUCCAGCUAUCCAGCCGCUGUUCCCUCCACUGUGUUUCAUAUGAGGAAACCCUGAAUUGAGCUCCUGCCCUCAGAGCCGUCCUCUCUCUCUCUUUCUCUCUCUCUCUCUCCCUUACUUUCUCUUUUUCUCCCUCAUGCCCUUGUGUGAUGAAGGCUGGACAAAGCAGGUCACAUUCCAGUACUUUUUGAUAUUGCCUCUGAUCUGAUCCACGAUGUAGCUCUGUAAAAGACGUGUUCAGCUGUCAUUGUUUUGGUCGUCGGUCUUGGGC